AUGGCCUCGAAACCCCCCAAAGGCACCAUCGCCAUCGAAGAGGCCGUGCUCAACCCGGCCGGCCUCUCGUGGAUCGGCGAGUCGGCGCCGCUGUUCAACCCCGGCCAGGCCUCCUCCUCCCAGGAUGCGCCGAAGCACGGCCUAAACCAGCAGCUGCUCGACAUCCACAAUGAGCGCCUGGCCCAGAUGGACGCCCACGGCGUCGAGUACAUGCUCCUGUCGCUGACCUCGCCCGGCGCCCAGGGCGAGCCCGACCCGGCGAAGGCGCGUGCCCUUGCCGCCGAGGCCAACGACUGGCUCGCCGCGCAGGUGGCGCAAAACCCCUCGCGGUUCGGCGCCUUCGCGGCGGUGUCCAUGCACAACGCCGAAGACGCCGUGGCCGAGGCGACGCGGGCCGUCCGGCAGCUGGGCAUGUUUGGCGUCAUGCUGAACGACUACCAAAUCGUGGCCACCGGAGGAAACGCCGAGGGCAAGAAAUACUACGACGAGCCCGAGUUCAGGCCGUUUUGGAAGGCCAUUGAGGAGCUGGGCGUUCCCGUCUACAUGCACCCACGGUAUCCGCCGACCAAGGAUCUGCAGCCGGGAACCAAGUACGGCGACAGGAAGCACAUCCUGGGCGCGGCCGUGCAGUUCCACCUCGAUCUAAGCAUGCAUCUGUACGCGCUCUGCUCGAGCGGCGUGUUUGACGAGUUUCCCAAGUUGCAGGUGGUGGCGGGCCAUCUGGGCGAAGGGAUCCCGUUCAACCUGUGGCGGGCAGACCACUGGUACAACAAGCCGGUCAAGAAGGCCACAAGGCCGUCAAAGGAAGACUACAGCUACUACUUCAAGCAUAACAUCUCCAUCACCACGUCGGGCAACUUCAACACAGCGGGCUUGAAGUUCUGCAUCGAUCAGAUCGGCGUCGAGCGGUGCCUGUAUUCUAUUGACUACCCGUACGACAGCAUCGCGGAAGGCCAGGCUUGGUGGCAAACGGUCGAUCUGCCCGAGGACCAGAAACGACUGGUGGGACGGGAAAACGCCAUCAGGCUAUUCAAGCUCCCUCUAGAACCUUAG